AUUUUUGGGUGACAGACCCGGGGGGGCUUGGACAUUUCAUGAUCAGCAUCACUGCGGCGUUGUUAUUGCGAGAUAUAGAAAGGCCUUUGUUGUUGCUGCUUUUUCCUUGUGCUGGACUAGAAGGACAAUCACCAGAGGACAGACAUACAGCUCUUUCACUUACAGAACAUCAAAAACUACUAAAACACUCUCGCAAUCAUGGGGCUCCGGGAUGCGCUACGGAAGAAGGACGCUAUAGAGCAUGAUCAGGGCCCGGACAUCACUUUUGUUCGCUCCGAUACCGUUUCGCAGCAGGUGAUUAUGGCGUCGGACGAGGGAGGCCACAACAACGACGGCUUGCUGUCGCCCACGUCGACCAGCGGCGAGCACCGAAAGUCGAGACGGAGCUUCGACUUCUUCCACUCAGACCAGUCGCGGAGCGCCUCUGCCUCCUCGUCGGCGUCCAACAAGAAGGAGAGCGCGGCAAGACGCCUGUCGCACAGGCUGCAUCUAAGUCGGCCGCCCGAGACCUCUGACCAUGUGCCGCAGAACCUACCGGAGAUUGUGGUCCCAGCAGCCGACGUGCAGGAUAAAGACGCCGCAGAGCUGCAGUGGGAGAAGCGGGCAACCAUGCUAGCCGGGCAGAACGACCUCGCCAGGAGUCGCCCGUCGUCGAGAGAUGCCUCAGACGGCAUGGCCCAGAUGAGUCUAGACGCCUCUGCCUCUCGGAGCCGAAGCCCCUCGGCCAACUCGGGGCCUGUUUCGUCCAAGGAAAUCGAUGCCGACAUCCAAGAGGCGAUUCGACUGCAUGAGGAGGGGAAUUAUGCGGAAGCGACCAAGAUGUUCGGGCGCCUUGCAGACGAGAGCGGCGCCAACAAUCCCCUCAGCCAGGUUCUCUAUGGACUGGCACUCAGGCACGGCUGGGGUUGCACGCCAGAUACUGCGCGAGCGGUCCACUAUCUAACAGCAGCGGCCUCUAACGCUGCGUCGGUCGAGCAAUUGGCCAUCCAGGCCGGUCUCAAGAAAGGAGGAGCUGCAAAGGGAGAGCUAGUCCUGGCCAUCUUCGAAUUGGCCAACUGUUUCCGCCACGGCUGGGGCAUCGACAAGGACCCAGUCGCUGCAAAGCAGUACUAUGAGACAGCGGCAAAUUUGGGCGAUACUGACGCCAUGAACGAGGUUGCCUGGUGCUACCUAGAAGGCUACGGCUGUAAAAAGGACAAGUUUGCUGCAGCCCAGUAUUAUCGACGGGCUGAGAAGGGUGGCAACAAGACACUAGGAAAUACAUGGAUAUGGAAGGAAAAGUAUAACCCAGAAAACCGCAAGAAAAAAUAGGGGGUCACAGGUAGGCAGAUCUCCUUGACUCAAUGAGGGUUCAAUAAGGCCUCCCGGCUCUGGGCCCUCUCUCUCCCUCUGCGUGUUUCCUCUCCUAUUCAGCGGUCAUUAUUGGAUAUCCAAGGGGACGGGGUCUUUUUCUUCCCACUGCCGCAUUGAGUGUCCCUCGUGUGGCUUUAAACAGCAAGUAAGAAUGCUCCAUUGUGACCCAUCCUGCGUCCUGCGGUUCACAUUUGCGGGGUGCU